AUGCAACUCGCACCCAAAAAGUGUCAGGUUCAUACUCAUGGACAUGCAGUCACUGUACACAUCACCCAUAAUCCUGAUCGUGCGAGAUGGCCCAAAAGGUUAGAGAGCCAAUUUACUGACCGAAAGUUCCGUGGUUCGAACCCGACCUCUAUAUCUCGACUUCCUCUGUCUAGACUUGGGCAACCUGGCAGUAUCUCAACCCUCGUGCAGACUUCGGGUAGCAUGGCAGUUAGGCACCGAAAGGAUGCUACAGCUAAUCGUGCAAAGCACAGUCGUGGUUCAAAACGAAAAGUAGUUAGCCCACACACUGAUGGAAAAGAGAUUGCAGUGUGUCUACAAAUAGCCCAGGUGCCCCUUAUCCCUUUCUCACCCUUUCGGUGCCUAGCUACCAUGUCACAUGAAGGAAGCACGACGGCUGAAAUACCGUCAGAUUGUCCUAUUCUGGAAAAGAGCAGUCCAGAUGCCAAGGUUGGAUUCGAACCGCAAAACUACGAAUCAUUAAGCUGGAGAUGGAGCAGGCGAGCGAUGCGGCGAGCGAUGCAGGCGACCUCGGUGCGCUCCAUAUUACUAUAUGGAUCAGAAAUCUGGCCGAUGCGCGCCGAGGACGUCAAAAGACUUUCAGUGUGUGACCAUCGAUAUCUUCGGAGCAUUGCCCGAAUUUGGUGGGAACACCGGAUCAGCAAUUCUGAAGUACGUCGAAUGGUAUUCGGGAGAAAUAACUCACCCUCGAUAGAUGAACUGAUCACACUGCACAGGUUGCGCUGGCUUGGCCACGUGCUGCGGGUACGCAAAUCGCGCACACCUCGCUUAGCCAUUGAGAAGCUAGUUGAUCCAGAAACCAAACGAAACUAUCAGAAACAGCUCCUCGAAUGCCUGCCGGACGGUACGGUGUCGGAUAUAAACGGCCACUGGGAAAAAAUAUCCAACGCGUUGCUCAAAGCAGGAGCGUCUGCUUGCGGUACAACCCAGCCAACCUCAUCCAAGCACUGGAUCUCUGAUAGAACCGUGUCUUUUGUGAAGACCCAGCGACAGAUCCCACCUGGUCGCCACCACAACUCCACCCGGCGUAUCAUUCGACGCCGGUUGAAACUGAGUGUCCGCGCAGACCGAGAAGCUUGGUGGACCCGAAAGGUCGAAGAAAUGAAGGAUGCGAAGAAUGCUGGAAUUGAAACAGUCAGGGACCAAAAUGGCUCCCUGAUAUGCAGCAAAGCAGAACGUUUGGACCGCUGGAUACAGUACUUCGAACAGCAAUUCAGCUGGCCACCUGCUACCCCCAAUCAAGAAAUCCGGCCUUCAACAGGAAGGUGGACCGUAAAUAUGGAGCCGCCUUCAGUCUCAGAAGUGUCCGAAUGCAUUUCUCUACUCAAGCGUCAUCGUGCUGCUGGUCCUGACGACCUUCCACCUGCUCUUUUCAAGGAUGGCGGUGGAUUCCUCAAUCAGUGCCUGUCUAGCCUAUUUGGGUUUAUCUGGGAGAAGGAGACCGUCCCAGACAACUGGGGUGAAUCGAUAGUGGUACCCAUUUUCAAAGAGGGUACUCGCAGUGAAUGUAGCAACCACAGAGGUGUUAGCUUGACGUCUGUUGUGACAAGGCUUCUGGCGUCACUGAUUCUUCGUCGUCUUAUGGCGGCACGCGAAGUCUUGACUCGUGAGAAUCGAGCGGGAUUUCGACCGGGCAGAGGCUGCGUUGACCACAUCUUCACACUCCGUCAGGUGUUAGAGCAACGCCACAUGUACAGACGCUCCACAAUCCUGGUAUUCCUUGACUUCCAGGGUGCCUUCGAUUCUGUUGAUCGAUCAGUUCUGUUAACUACACUUGCUCGACAGGGUAUGCCCCAGAAGUUUGUAAACAUAAUCCUAUCUUUACAAAUAAAUGCUUCUCCAAGUGAAACUAAUUUUUUGUCAAGCACUGCGUGA